AUGGCCAACCCACGCUUGUUGACAAGGCUAUGCAUUACACUACUCUGUUGCUUUCUAUCAAGCAAUAAGCAUUUUCAGCGUAAUAUGUUGUCAUCCAAGGUUAUGCCAUCAAUUGGUAAUGUCGAAGGCGUUCUAUUGCGAAGUUUAUUUCUAUCGCCUUCUGGAAGUAUUCGUGUUAAGGAUAAAUCAACGUUAACACUAAACUGCACUACAUCGUCGUAUAAUGGUACUACCAAUGUGGAAAAUAUUCAAUGGUUUAAAAUUGGCGAUAAUAAUCAAUCGUUAUUGCAACCCUCUGGUCAACGUCGAGCCAUAAGAGUAGGAGAUCAUGUUGUAGUCCAACUCCAUUGGAAUCGGAUUAAUAGUACCGACAAUGGCCGAUAUCGAUGUCAAUGGUCUCAAUUUAGUCAAAAUAAUGAUGUGACUGUAAACGUUGAAGGCCCUCCAACAUUAGCUAUUACCUCAGUGAAAACGCUUUCUGGCUAUGUUUAUAUGAGAUGGAAACUUUAUAACAGUGGUAAUGCACCUGUACUUUAUCAAGUCUCCCGCACUAUUGUCAAUAACGGAAUAGCAUCAACUAAUUUAAUCAUCGGAUGUCUGAAUACAACUACAAGCUAUUGUAGAACUAUUGCUGUCGACUUCAUUGUGGACUAUUGCGUCCGAGCCGUCAGGAAUCAUGAUAUCGUAAUAACGGCGUGUGUACUUCGAUAUAAUGCUUUUGAUGAAGUUGUACCAUCCCCACCGAUCAACUUACAUGUUAUUAAGGAUAAAGGCCCUUACUUGAAUUUAACAUGGGCAACAGCACAAGAUUAUGCUAUUUAUUAUGACAGAAUUGUCAAUCAUAUUCGUCUCUGCUAUGAUGUACGAUUUCCAAUCCAUGGGAACCCAACGUGCCUUGAUUUGAAUAAACAUCGCAAGGCAUACUCAUUUAAUAAUAAUUUAUUACAAUAUGGCUAUCUCUAUGAGUUCUACCUAAGGACUGUUGCCAAAAAUAACAAGCAAAGCGCACCAUCGUCUAAAAUAUAUACCAACUACUACGAAUCUACUCCAACAGGAAGUCCAGAGAAAUUUAUGUGCAAUUGUAAACAACCCAGUUUUCUAAAAUUGAAACGAAAUUGUUCGUUCACAUGGGAGUAUCCACUUCAACGAAGAAAUGGUAAUUUAACUCAUGCCUACAUCAAUUUAGUACCAUUUAAUAAUCCUGAAGGAAUUGAAUAUCGUUGUAUCGAUGGUAAUAAAUUUCAAGCUGAAUUCAUACUUUGGACUAAUACUUCAUACAAUGGCAGUAUUGUUGUAUCUAACUCUAUCGGCAAUAGCUCAAAAGCGCAUUGCAUGAUCGACCUAGCCUACAAGCCGAUAACAGUGAUACCCAUGACAACCGAUUUUGUUCCGUAUACGUCAUCCUAUUCACCAGCUGAUCAAGGAUCACCACUUAUGGUUAUUACAACAUGUGUUUUAUCAGUAUGCCUAUCGCUACUUUUGCUCAUGCUUUCGAUUGUGCUGUGGAGAUAUUAUUCAUCAAGAAGAAGGAAGAAAACAGUCACAGAAUCAUCUCAGAAUACGCAUGUUCAAAGCCGUCCAUUACCUCCCCUUCCUUCAAAUUAUGAUUACGUAGAUGUCAAAGAUAUCUUAAAGACCGAUUAUACCGAAUGGACUGAUAUGCACGAUCAGGACACUUUCUUACAUGAUUUCCCUAUUACUGAUGAUAAGUUACCUGACGUUAAUAUUUUACAAAGUGUCAAGAACAAGACUAUAAUUAAAGAACCUCAAAAUGAUAUUGAAGUCAUUAAUAAUCAAGUUGCUUGCAUCGACAACGACUAUAAUACUAAGAAAGUUUACGAUUUAUCACCAGAAUGUAAAAAAGAAGGAUCAUUUAGUACUUCACCUGGAGGCGGUAUAUCAUUAGGUUAUUCAAGUUGUAGAUUUGAAAUCAAAGUAGCAUCAGAAGAGCUGACAUCAUCAUCUUCUUCUGGAGAAUAUAUGCAGGUAACUCUACCCCCGUUACGAAAUGAAAACGGUACUUUGGAGUAA